UGGACACGGACGGCUAAGAUUGAAUUGCAACUCACAUGAGAAAAAUUGCAAAAUUCCCCUUCUUGCUCACACCACCGUUUCACACAGACCCAUUUCAAAAUUCCUAAAUCUCACCCAACCUAUUUUCCUCUUCUCCUCUUCUACUCUGUUUCCACCCUUCCCACUUGCACGCAAGCGGUUUCAGCCCCACCAUUCCAACCACCGUUCUGACCAUUUUGAAGAGUAGCGCCGUGAGUGCCUCACCGACGGAGUGUGAGUUCGUUCGCCACCACUGAGCACAGGAUUGCUCUUUUUGCUACCAUGGCUAGGAAUGUUGCUUAAGCUAACACGUCGGUGAAAGCUGAUUGGUUUUGUGACUUUUUUCCUUAGUUCGGUCCUAGACAACCUGACAUCUACUAUUGUCAUGGUUUCUUUACUGCGGAAACUGGUGCCUCCAUCAGAAUACCGCAAGCUUUUGGGCGCUGUGGUUGGUAUAGCUGCAAACGCAGGUGGUGCAUGGACUCCCAUUGGUGAUGUCACCACUACUAUGCGAUCGAUACAUGGUCGGAUAUCAACAUUGGAGACAAUGAAGAACUUGGCAAUACCUUCAGCAAUUUCUCUAGCUGUUCCGCUGGCCUUAAUGUCAUUGACUAGGUAUUUUUCCUUGCAAUAUCAGAAAAAUACCUGUGCAACAAUUCCAGAAUCCAGUGCCUUCACAAGAGCAUCUUCAUCAAUAACUCCUCUACUUGCAACUUUCACAAUUCGGACCCUUUCUUCAUCUUGGCAAAAGUUUCCUCAUUGAGAAUCUCAUUUGCAGAAGGAGUAAGAGGCAUGUGCAAAGAGAUAAAAUCAGCUUUAGAUAUGGCUUCAUCAAAGCUCACAAGAUCCACACCUAUGGCACGGGCACGAUCAGCCGGGGCAUAUGGAUCAUGUGCUAUGACAUGCAUACCUAGCCCCUUAGCUCGCCGAGCAACUUCGAAUCCAACUUUUCCAAAGCCCAUCACUGCCAGUGUUUUUCCAACAAGGGAUACACCAACAUAUUUGUUCCUCUGCCACUUACCUGGAUUAAACCAAAUAAUAUAUCGAGUAAGGAAUUUUGGGUAUGCUAAAACUAAUAGGUGAAGCCCAAGUCCUCACAGAACAAUCAUGAUAAAUAUAAAAUUCCUAACAUGCAAACCAUAUACAGAUUGCCACAAUACAAAAAGUAAGAGUUUGACAUAUUUUUGUGAAACCAGGACGAGAAAAAGCCAAAAAAAAAAAAAAAAAAAAAAAAAAAAAAAAAAAAAAAAACAGAAUUCUAUAUUCAAUAAUUACUGCCAUUCUCAAGAGUUCUAUUCGAAAGAGUUGUAUUACCAUUGCUUCUCCAUUCUAUCUCGGGUCAAAUCUAAAAUUCUAUCAAAUACGACCAAUGAAUCGAAUAGAUCUGACAAAUUUUAUUGUUUUCUUUAUUUAAACGAUAAAAAUGGUUUACUUUUAACAGGACUCACAGGGGAUCGAACAACAAUAGCCUCAGGUUCUUGAUCGGCGGCUCUGUGAGCAUCGCCGGAGAAUCGAUGAUAAUCAUCGAAAUGUGUUUUGUUAAACAAAAAAAAAAAAAAAAAAAAAAAAAAAAGAAAAAACAAUCAAACAAA